AUGUAUGCCGUGUACCACGGGCAGGAAGGUAUCAAAGCCAUUGCGGAAAGCGUACACCGUGCGACUGCUUUUGUGGCUUCCGAAUUAAAAAAACUGGGUUACACGAUCAACACCCAAUUAUUCUUCGACACCAUCGUGGUGGAAGCCGACGCUAAAAAAACCAAACGGUAGAGGAAAACGAUGUGA